AUGUCCGUGCUAACCACCACCGGGGCUCAUCUUGUUGCCCUUCUUUUGCUGUAUGUCCUCGUCAGAGUGAUUUGGGAAGUCUUCUUGUCGCCUCUUCGAACUUUCCCGGGUCCAUUUGCGUCCAAGUUUACCGAUGCAUGGAGGGCUUUCCUGACAACCCGUGGCAAUGUGGACUCUACCACUCGAGGGUGGCAUAGGAGAUGGGGCCAAGCCGUUCGAAUUGGGCCGAAUACGAUUAGUCUGAGUGACCCCAAGUUGAUCAAAGAGGUGUACGCCAGCACAAGUAAGAAAGCGUGGAAGAAGAGCCAAAUGUACCGUGUCAACGAUGCACUUAUCGACGGUCGAAGAAUCUCCAACAUCUUCAACACUCAUGAUGAGGAGUUUCACAAAAAGUAUGCCAGGCCGAUUGCUGGCUUUUGGACUCUGACAAAGCUCCUGGAACUUGAACCAUUGAUGGACGAGACUAUCCAGAAGUUUGUCAACAAGCUGGGCAGCAAGUUCGCGGAUGGCCUCACGCCAGAUACCGUCUUUGCUUGGGAUUUUGCUGCCAAUGUUACCUUUGGAGAGCAUUAUGGUUUCAUCGACCAGGAAAAGGAUAUUGAGGGCAUGAUUAAAGAAUCAUCCGAUGGCCUUCGCUACUUCGCACCGGUGUCUCAAGCGCCUUGGCUCGAUGGUUGGCUGGACAAGAAUCCCAUCUACCGCAUUGGCCCCAAGCCAUUAGUCAAUGGCUUGUUAUACACCGUUCGUCGCCUGGCUGAUUACCAGAGGAAGCUUGCCGAAGGAACCCUCGAACGCGCCAAGGUAGACACGCUUAUAGACAAGUACUACGGGCUCAAAGACAUCUACCCUGAUGUCGCGGACGGCAAUCAACUCGUCAAUUGGCUCAUGCUCAAUGUUUUGGCGGGAGGGGAUUCCACGGCCGGAGCGUUGAGACCCAUUGUGUACCAUCUUGGAAAACGCCCGGAAGCGCAAACAAAGUUGCAGAGCGAGCUGAAAGCAGCGCAGCUCUCUGUGCCCGCCCAGUGGAGAGACAUCUGCAAGCUGCCUUACCUGGACGCAGUGAUCCGCGAGGCGGCACGCCUGAAUCCAGCCGUGGGCUUGAUGUUUGAGCGAGAAGUUCCUGCAGCCGGGUUCCGGCUUCCGGACGGCCGCUUCGUCCCAGCCGGGACAAACGUCGGCAUCAACCCCAACGUCGUGACGAGGGAUGUCGGCGUUUUCGGCGAGGAUGUAGACGAGUUUGUUCCAGAACGUUGGCUGCAAAGGUGCGACGAGGACGGCGACCAGUUCGUACGGCGUCGCCGACGAAUGGAGGAGUCCGGGGACUUCAUGUUCGGCGCAGGAAGCCGAACUUGUACGGGGAAGCUCUUCGCCAAGAUGGAAAUGUACAAGCUCAUGGCCACGUUGUACACCAUGUUUCACGUAAGUGCUACUCCCCAUCACUUUCCGCCGAGCCGACUGCCGCAGCCAAACACCCGGGUAACGACACAUUGCGGGCGGAAGAGCUUUGAGGUUUGA